CGUUACCGCUAAGCGGAGGGGAGUAACGUUUUAGCUUAGAAAAUACGACACCGAAUAUGCAAAAACAAGGGGUGUAACUUUUUAGAUAUCGUCAACUGGUUCAGAAUAUGUAAUUUAUAUAAUUCUUACACGUUCCGUUUAAGAGGUAUUAACGAGAGAAGUCGGAAUCUUUAAUAUAAAGCGAACUACGUCUCAUGUUAGGGAGAUAGCUAACAUUAGUAAUACUGGUGUUUAAAGAUGAAGUUGUCUUCUGUUGUCGUAACAUUGAUAUUAACGGUGGGUGUUUCUUAUUACAUCUAUACACCGUUACCUGCUGCCAUCGAGGAGCCUUUGAAACUGAUGCUGCUGGACACCUUAUUCCGUGCUAUGCUGCAAGUGGGUGACCUGUGCCAGUGUCUGGGUCUCAGUCACCACAUCAAAGUGAUUCGGGGGGCCAUAUCGGGGCUGGAGUCCUUGGGGGAGAUGGCGGGAGGGCAGGGAGGCGGGGUGAGGGUGAGUGACGUGGACUUUGACAGAGUCCCGGUGCGCGUGUACGAGCCCCCUGCCGCGGGGGGAGGAGAGGGGGGUCUGAGGAGGGCUGUGAUGUUCUACCAUGGAGGAGGAUGGGCCCUGGGGGCCACCAAGAUGGGGAGCUAUGAUGUCUUGUGUAGACAGAUGUCUGAUGAGUUGAAUGCAGUGGUUGUGUCUGUUGAGUAUCGUCUGGCUCCAGAAGUGCAUUUCCCUGUGCAGUAUGAGGACUGUCUGGCUGCGGCCAAGCACUUCCUGGAGCCGGGCAUUCUGGGAAAGUUGUCUGUGGAUCCACAGCGUGUUGCCGUGUCAGGCGACAGCGCUGGAGGAAACCUGGCUGCAGCCGUCGCACAGCAGAUCUCGGUAGAUGACAGUGUGAGCGUGAAGUUCAGUGUUCAGGCAUUAAUCUACCCAGUCCUCCAGGGUCUAGACCUCAACACUCCAUCCCACCAACAGAACCACAACAUACCCAUCCUACACCGCUUUAUAAUGGCCAGAUUCUGGCUGCUCUACCUGGGGGUUGAUACCUCUCUCUAUCCCCUCCUCUUGUCCCCCUCCUUCCUCCAUCAUCCCUCCAUCCCUCCCUCCGUCCGCUCCCAUCUCAACUGGACCACCCUUCUGCCGGCCAAACACAUUAAGCAUUACAAGCCUGUUGGCAUGGAGAUGGGGUCACAGGAGGUCACGGGGCAGGAGGGCAAUCUUCUCCCGGGGUUGCUGGAUGUCCGAGCGGCGCCGCUGCUGGCGGAACAGGGGGUUCUGGGUAGAACGCCGCGAGCUUACAUUCUAACGUGUGAGUACGAUGUGCUCAGAGACGAUGGGUUGAUGUACACCAGGAGGCUACAGGACGCGGGCGUCACGGUUUCCAGCCAUCACUAUGACGAUGGUUUCCACGGCGCCUUGAGCUUUGCACACUGGCCAUUUUUCUUUGAUGUGGGGAAAAGAAUGAUCAGAGGAUACAUGGACUGGCUGCAGGAAAACCUCUAGUGUGUGUGUGUGUGUGUGUCUAUGCAACUGCAAACCCAAAGCCAUCUGUCAGUCAGAAUUUCAGACCAAUGUUCAGGUUAGACAAGCAGAUGUUUUAAGGCUUUUAAACUGGGUUCAACCUGAUUGUUGACCUGGGAUAGAAUGUCUCUCUUACUGGGUUAAACUGGAACAAACUGGGUUGGACUGGUGUUUGAAACUGUUUUAGAAUGUAAGAAUAUAACAGAGACACCAUUCCCUGAUUUGUAGCUGUUUGCACUCUGGGGUGUGUGUGUGUGUGUGUGUAGCAAUAUGUUUGGUUCCGUUAAACACACACACGUCCUCCUAUCCCAGCUCUGCUCACCUGACCUGAACAAUAGACAUGCUAUGUUUUAAACGUGCAGUCUGUUAUCUCUGUCAAACUAAUACACUAAAAUAAACAUCCCAUCUAAGCCAAUCAAUGCGCAGUGUUAGAAUGUAGUAAUCUGGGUAAUCUGAUAACAGUCCUAGUUUUAGACUAGAUUAGGUUAAAUUAUUUUAUGUGCACAACUGGUUUAUACAUCAAUGCAAUCUAUAAAGAAUUGUGCCUCGAUGGAAAAACAAUGAAGACUCAAAAGGUAGGGUCAUACAACAGGAUCCCCUGGUGCUGUAAAAAGCAACAACAAAACUUGAUAAAUAAGUAUGUUCUUUAGACAAGUUAUUGAGGGAGGACUUCAUCUACAACCUGAAUGUAUUUACACACUUUUCAUCUGACAACGCUGUGAGAGCUUGAUUUUUUCCCACUGAACAGAAUGAUCUCAGUUGUCCCCAGUAACUGCUGCUGGGUGUCAGUACUUUAUGUACAAUUAUGAUUGUAAUGGUUGAUUGAUGUUUAACCCUCCAAUAAAUAUGAAUCAGUUUGA